CGUUCGCUGGCCUAUUCGCAGAUAAAUUCUGCACCAGGCUACGCUACGCAGACAGUGAGAAGAGUUCGUGUGCGAAAACAAGUCCUCAGUGAGUGGUGGGGGCCGUCAACGAUUUGCACGACAGGACAGGAACAGCUUUUAAAAGUGCAGCAAUGAAUAGAGACGAGUCUAGACUCUAGAGUACAGUGUUGUGUCGCUCUCUGUUCAGUUUAUUUUACAUAAGUUUUGGGUACGUCCUUUGCUUGUGCCACCAGUCGAUUUCUCAUUAACAUGGACAAUCUCCAAGUUGAAAUUGAUACUGGAAAGUUAAAGGGGUCCAAAGAGACCAGUGUCUCUGGGAGAGAGUAUGUGGCAUUCAAAGGAAUACCGUACGCUGAACCACCAGUUGGAGAACUUCGUUUUGAGGAUCCGCGACCACCUCUGAAGUGGACUGGUGUGAGGGAGGCUACAAACUUUGGUGACAAUUGCGCCCACAUAGAUCCAAUAAUUCGUGGUAUAACGGGAAGCGAUGAUUGUCUAUAUCUCAAUGUCUAUACAACAUCGAUCCACCCACAGAUUCCAAAGGCCGUUAUGGUCUGGAUUCACGGAGGGGCGUUUGUCCUUGGAUCCGGUGAUGAUACCCUUUACGGACCGGAUUAUCUCAUUGAUAAAGAUAUUGUUCUGGUUACAAUCAAUUACCGUGUUGGGAUUCUAGGUUUUUUGAACUUGGAGAGUGCGAUUGCGUCGGGUAAUCAGGGCCUGAAGGAUCAGGUAUUCGCUCUGCAAUGGGUAAAACGGAAUAUCGAUAGAUUUGGUGGAGAUUCGGGGAACGUUACGAUUUUUGGAGAGAGUGCUGGAGGGGCGUCUGUUCAUUAUCUGACUAUAUCUCCUUUAGCACAAGGAUUAUUUCAGAAGGCUAUUAUACAGAGUGGGUCGGCUAUAAAUCCAUGGGCCAGGGUACCAGGAUCACCCAAGCGAUAUGCUAUCCAACUUGCUGCUUUAUUAGGGAAGGAGACCGAUGAUCCUGCGGAAUUGUUGAGGUUUUUGAAGAGUGUCGAUGCGCGAGAGUUAAUACAGGCACAGGCGAAAAUUCCCACGAAAGAUGAUAAAUUGCAUUUCCUCAAUCCAUUUGGACCAGGUGUGGAUGCACUAUCAAAGGAUCCAUUUCUACCAAUACCCCCAGAGGAGGCCAUCAAAUCCGGCAUCAAAGUACCCUGUAUGAUCGGUUACAUGAACGAUGAAGGCUUGCUCGCUCUGGGAGUUUCAGGGAUAUACACCGAUAUUGACGGUGGUACGCCAUCCAGAAUCGGUCCCGAAAGAUUCACCGAGAUUGAUGAGAACUAUCAGACGUUGCUGGUGCAUCCGAUUGCUGCAAAACUCUAUCAGGAGAGGAACUUUUCAUUGGCCGAUAUCCGGAGAAUAUACUUUGGCAAUGAAAAAAUUUCCAUGGAGACGGUCCAGAAGUUUGUGGAACUCCAGGGAGAUGCUCAGUUUCUCUGUGGUAUCCACGAUGUCCUCGACAUCCAGGUUAAAACGUCUAAAAGCCCGACGUAUUUGUACAAAUUGGAUUGCGACAUGGGAAUGUCACAAAUCAAAUUAUUCAUGAAUAUUACUUUGCCUGGCACCUGUCACGGUGAUGAACUUGCCCUGCUGUUCUGCGCAAAAAUAUUCCAGAAAUUUGGGGCUGAACCUCCAGAUACUUCCGGUGUCCAGCAAUUACUUAUUCAGCGUUUCACGGAGAUGUGGACGAACUUUGCCAAGACUGGGAACCCAACACCGUCGACAUCUCAACUUCUCCCAGUUGUGUGGACCCCCGUUACAAAGUUGCACGAGUACGAGUGUCUGAAAAUUACAGACAGUCUUGAGAUGAUCAAGGAACAUAACAUUUACCAACGGAUGAGAUCAAACUUGAAGAAUAAAUUGUAAAGGUUUUAAUUGCUAGAUUUUAGGUGUCAACCCACGCCAUUAUACUCAAAGAGAAAUUUGUUCCAUUUAUGACGCGCGAACUAAUUAUCGAAAUUAGAUUACUGAUUUAUGAGAAAAUUAAUUAAUAUUAUUUGUGACAUAAAAACGAUGUCCCACUUGCUUUAAAGUCAUAGUAUAAAUAAUAAAUUUAUUAAUUGUUAAAUGACUGAAUAUUUAAUUGUUUUUAUCAAAAUUUUAUUUACUGCUCACGAUUUUCGAAAAAUGAGAGCUCGUUAUUGUUGUAAUGUUCGUAUUGAAUAUUUUCAGAUACUGAAAAAUUAUGUGUAUUUAACACUUUGAAUAUUAAAAGAGGUUCCAUGAA